AUACGUCAUAGAAGUGGAACUGGGUCUUUGGGAGUUUCGCGCGCGUUCUCCAAACCUGCUUGUCUGUCAGACUAACGAUAUUUUGUUGAUAUUUGAUAUUGCUGAACGCUUCGGUGGAUGACCAGAACCUCUCAUCUUAAAAUGACAUCUGCAGACUAUGAACCGGCUUCUUUACCCGAUUUGUUGCCACUCUACUACCGACGACUGUUUCCUUUCUCUCAGUAUUAUCGUUGGCUGAAUUAUGGCGGAGUUCAGAAGAACUACUUUCAGCAUCGAGAGUUCUCGUUCACUUUGAAAGAUGACAUCUACGUCCGCUACCAAUCCUUCAAUACGCAGAAUGAGCUGGAGAAAGAGAUGCAGAAGAUGAACCCCUACAAGAUUGACAUAGGCGCAGUAUACAGUCACAGGCCCAAUCAACACAACACGGUGAAGUCUGGGACCUUCCAAGCUCUGGAGAAGGAGUUGGUGUUUGAUAUUGAUAUGACUGACUAUGAUGACGUGCGGAGUUGCUGCAGUGCGGCUGACAUUUGCCCCAAGUGCUGGACCCUGAUGACAAUUGCCAUCCGUAUCUUGGACCGAGCUCUUCGGGAGGACUUUGGAUUCCGACACCUUCUGUGGGUGUACUCUGGAAGGAGAGGAGUGCAUUGUUGGGUGUGUGACGAGGCAGCAAGGAAGCUGUCUGUAGCGGCCCGCUCGGCUAUUGCCGAAUACCUCAGCCUGGUGAAGGGAGGAGAUGAAACUGUUCGGAAAGUAGUCUUGUCAGAUCCAAUUCACCCCUCCAUCCGAGAUGCUCUGAAAGUGGUAGAGCGCUACUUCCCACAGUAUGCAUUACAUGACCAGGCGGUCUUGGGACUCAAGGAAUCUGUUGACAAAGUGUUGGCCCUGGUCCCUGAAGAUGUUAGAAAGGAUUUACACACAUACUUUGAGUCUGAGAAGAACCCAGAGAAGCGCUGGGGCCUGCUGAGGGGCUGCGCAACAACCAAACAGGGCACCCUGAAGAAGGGCCAGCACUUUGAGAAAGAGAUCAUGCUGCAGUACUGCUACCCUCGGCUCGAUGUGAAUGUCAGCAAAGGGGUUAACCAUUUGUUGAAGAGCCCCUUCAGUGUUCAUCCCAAAACGGGGCGCAUCUCCGUUCCCAUUGACCUUAGGCAAUUGGAUAAGUUUGAUCCGUUUGAUGUACCCACAAUCAGUCUUAUUUGCGCGGAACUGGAUCGACCCAGGGUGGGGGAGGAGGAAGAGCAGGUGCCUAAGGAGAAGGACAGUGAUAUAGAUGCAGCGGAGAGACGAAGGAUUAGAGAUUACAAACGGACGAGCCUAGCAAAAUACGUGAAGGUUUUGGAUCAGUUCCUGGACGGAGUGGCCCUGUCCAACAGAGGAGAACUGCUGAAGAAGAGUGAUCUUCAAAAGGAUUUCUGAUUGACCCUCACCCAUUCGCGUCACCAAUACAAUUCCAUGCAUCUUGUUGUAUAGAUCAUAUUUGUUAUAAAUUGUUUUGUUGCUUUUUUCUACCACAUAAAUACUGAAUACACGUCCUGUA